AUGAUCUUCAGGCAGUGGCCCCUUGAAGCAAAGAUUGCAGCUCUUGCUGGGACUGUCUUCUUCUCCAUGAAAGCAUCACACACUUGUUUGGCUGAAAGGAUUGAGAUGAAGAGGUUGAGAUGGCUGCUCAAGUUGCAGAUGGUACUCUUUGUUAAUGCCUUGAUGCUCAUAGGAUCUUUUCAUAUCUGGAGAAGCACAGUGACCAUGUUCUACAGAUUACCAGCUGUUAACUCUUGCUGUUUCACUUUCUGGAAAGUAGCUGUGUUAAUGUUCCUGAUAUUGGCACACUCAAGCUCUUUCACACUGCUUUUUCUUGUGGCAGAAGAACCUUAUUUCUUUUCUCUAGCAGCUUACACCUGUCUUGGAGGUUAUAUCAUCCUUAUUUUCUUCCUCUUCACCCUGGGUUCCUUGGAGCAAGGUUAUAAGCUUUUGAUCCACCGAAAUACAAAAAUGGACAAUACAAAUGGCAAACUGGCAAUGAAGAAACCUCUUCUAGCAGUUGUGGUGACAGUGGCAUUGACUGUUCUUGGUCUCCUGAAUGCUUCCCAGCCUCCUGCAGUGAAAUCAGUGGAAAUUACAGUUCACAAGCUGCCUUUGUCUAUGGACAAACUGAAAGUGGUGUUGCUGUCAGAUAUUCAUCUAGGGCCGACUGUUGGAAAAACCAAACUUGAAAUGAUUGUAAAGAUGGUUAAGGCUUUAAAACCUGAUCUCACUGUGAUUGUGGGUGACCUCACUGAUUCCGAUGUGAAGGACCUUGGGCCAGCAGUGGAACCUCUUGGUGAGCUGGACUCCCCUUUAGGAACAUACUUUGUGACAGGGAAUCAUGAGUACUACACCUCUGAUGUCAGCAAUUGGUUUGAGUUGCUGAAAUCACUCAAUGUUCACCCCCUCCACAAUGAGAACAUAAAGAUUAUGUCCCCCAGGGGCCAGGAAAGUGACUGGUUUUGUUUGGCAGGAGUUGAUGAUAUCGAGGCUAAUGUGUUGCAUUAUUCUGGGCAUGGGAUGGAUUUAGAAAAGGCUUUAGGGGGCUGUGGUGUCGAUCAUGCAAUUGUUCUUCUUGCUCAUCAGCCGCUUGCUGCAAAAUGGGCUGUCCAAGCUCGGCCAGAUAUAAAUUUGGUCUUGUCUGGCCACACUCAUGGAGGUCAGAUAUUUCCUCUGAAUAUUGUUACCUAUUUCAUGAAUCCAUUCUUUGUGGGCUUGUAUAGAGUUGGACAGAGCACUUCAGUGUAUGUUAGCUCAGGGACAAUGUACUAUGGAAUACCGAUGAGACUAGGAAGUCGAGCAGAAAUAACUGAAGUUGUUCUGCGGUGUCCCUAAUCAGUUCAAACAGCUUUGUGUUUGAUUCCUCUUGGGCUAGUAUGACUGAUCACUUUGUGCACAAAAUCCAUCAUACCCUGUAUAAUGUAAUACAUUUCUCUGGAAUUCUGUGCUUGGCUUUGCAUGCAGAUGUCCUUUUCAUUGGAAAAUGCUUUUAUUUCAUCUACUGUAUCCUGGCAGGCACAUGAUUUGAGCAAC